AUGGCGGAGAUCAUCCACGAGCGGUUCUCCCCAGAUGACGGUUUCUCCGACGUCACUCUGCGCGUUCAUUACCCAGGCAGAGAAUCCGAUGGCGCCUUCGACGAAUACAAAGCGCACCGUGUUAUUCUCUGCCAGCAGUCAAAAUGGUUCGACCGGGCCCUCAAAGGCAGAUUUCUGGUACGGCGAUGUCUUUCCGCUCGCUUUGCCGGGGAGGCUCUAACGUUUAUAAAGGAGGCGUCUACUCAAGUCAUCGAUAUCCACGAAGACGAACCCUCCGUCUUCAACUGCAUGCUCCAGUUCAUGUACGAACGCCAUUACAAACUCCGCACUGUCGAAGAGGCCAGCGCCAAGAUUGGUCCCUCCAUUUCCAAGCAGGACCUCAAGACCAUGACCUUGGAUACACACAUCGACGUCUACAACAUGGCUCAAAAGUACCUCAAUGACGAUCUCCAAGCUUUCAGCGCGAAGCAAUUCACGGAGGCCGCCUUGACCAUCAGACCUAGCUAUCCUGGAGUCCGCACCUCUGUGAACAAGCAGUUCGUGGAGCAGCAGUGCAGCGCUCUGGCGCGCGCGGUGGACCGUUUCUACGAGACAGCCUUGACGACGAAUACGAAGAUGGGACGCGCGAUUGCGGCUGCGGCCUGGCAGAGCACUUUAGUGGACCGGGAACGAUUCGAUGAGCUCAUCAAUGAGUAUCCGACGUUCGCUGUUGACGUCCUGCUGGAGGUGAAGAAGAACAUGCGGCCUUCCAAAGACCACGAGAGUAGUGGAGAUGCGGGCGCUAGUGUGGAGGUCCCCACGGGACCCCUGAAUAUCAGGCGCAUCAAUGAGGUCUCGCUCACUAAUUGCUCAAACCCAACACCUCGCGAUGUUGCAAAAGUCACUCGUCUUCGAUUCAGAAUCACGUGCCCUACCCACGGUUCAAAAGCCCCGGUAGAACAUAAGAGUCAACCUGUCUCCGCUCAGGUCUUCUGCCCAGAUGACACCUUCUCCGAUGUUACAAUCCGCGUUUGUGAAGAAGAUGCAGCGACCGAUAGGCCGUUCACUGAAUACAAGACCCAUCGAUCUAGUGCCAACAGUCAGAGUGGUUCCAGAAGGCGCUCAAAGGCAGUUCACCAGACUCUAACAAAUUCCUGGGAAGCCUCCACCAACCUGAUUGAGAUCCUCGACGACGACCCUCGCAUAUUCGAUUACAUGAUGUGCUUCAUGUACGAACAAGCAUACGAGGUCUGCGCGACCAGUGAAGCGGAAGAAGACGUCAAGGCCAUGAUACUCAUCACCCAUAUGGGUAUUUACACCAUGGUCCAGAAGUACUUCAAUGCGGGCCUGCACUCUUUCAGUGUCGCCCUCUUCAAUAAAUACAUCUUGACACUCCGACCAGGCUUUCCCAGCAAGUCGAGGAAAGAUCAAGAAACUACUCACAUGGCACUGGUCGGUGUCGUGGAGCGAUUCUAUGAUUCCGCUAUAGCUUCCGGUACGACUAUGGGUCAAGCUAUUACUUCUGUGCUCUGGGCUUGCAAGGAGCUGGUCCAUACUGAGAAGUUUGAAAGGCUUCUCAAGGACUAUCCGACCCUUCGCUAUGGAUGUGGCUAUAGUAGCAAAGGCGGACAACUCACUUGCCCGCGAUUACGAACGCGGUAGACGAUAUAACAGGAUGUCUAACAUCAGGAAAGAAAAGUUUGUUGUUCGC